UACAUAGUGCACUAGGGCGCCAUUUGGGAUCUGGCCCGACCGGUUGGGUGAUGACAGUGCAGUGUUAGCUCAGCUUUCACCACUCCAGCGACAGAAGGGCCGGGAUGACUUCGUACUUUGACGAACAUGACUGUGAGCCAACCAAUCCUGAGGAGCAGUACAGACAGAAUGCCCUACUGGAACUGGCCAGGUCAUUAAUGCAAGGCUUGGACAUCGACUCAGGAUGGCUGGACGUUUCUGACUGGGACCAGCGGCUCCCUCCUCCUGCAGCCAAAGCGGUGGUGCAGAGCCUGCCUCUGCACCGUAUCACCCCCCAGCAAGCAGAUAAAGGACUGAAGUGUCCCGUGUGUUUGCUGGAAUUUGAGGAGGAGGAGACGGUUCGUGAGAUGCCCUGCAAACAUCUCUUCCACUCCGGCUGCAUCCUGCCCUGGCUCGGCAAGACCAAUUCAUGUCCACUGUGUCGAUUUGAGCUGCCCACUGACAAUUCCGACUAUGAGGAGUUCAAAAAAGAUAAGGAGCGGAGAAGACAGAGAGAACACCGUCUGGAGGAUCUGCAUGGAGCCAUGUACACUUGACCUCAUAACCACCACCCCCCCGCCACUCAAACGCACAUUUCAAAUGCAGGGUUUAAUGACUACGUGCUGCCUCGACAACUGAUAGGUGUGUCAUUGAUCUGAGGUUUGGACCAUGCUCUGGAAACUUCUCUUCUACUUGAAAACAAUUAGUUAUUUUUAAGAAAAUGUAAAAUAAAUUUUUGUAUGCAAAUGCACUAAGAUCAGUGUCUAAAGGACCUAUGAAGUCUACAAAGUGAUCAUUCGUUUAAUGUCCCGUGACUGUUCGUUUAAAAGAAUUUCCUUUAAAAGUUUUUUUUGUGCAUAAGAAUUGUGUGUUGAGAAACGCUGGCACUAUUAUCUUUCAUCUUUAUCUAUUUAUUCCUGCUUUUUUAAAUCGCAUUUCAUUUCUUAAAGUGUAAAAAUAAAGCUGGAGUUAAACACUGAGGAAACCUGCAAA